UUUCAGCUUCCUUUUUAACAAGAGUUUGUUACCAUAUCUGUUUUGAGUUUAUCAACACAAGAUAGAGAGAUGGCUCACUUGAAGUCACUGCCUCUCUUUGCAUUGCUACUUGUUCUGUCUUCUAUUGUUGCUGAGAGCCGAGUAGCAAGGAAGGACUUGGGAUUAGAUUUAGGGGGUGUGGGAGUUGGAAUUGGUGCUGGUAUUGGUCUUGGCUUAGGUGGCAGUGGGUCAGGCUCUGGCUCUGGCUCUGGCUCUGGUUCUGGUUCUGGUUCUGGUUCUGGUGCUGGAUCAGGUGCUGGGUCAUCAGCCGGUUCAGGUGCUGGUUCCUCGGCUGCGUCCGGGGCUGGUUCAGGCUCUGGUCGUGGUCAAGGACGUGGAACUGGAUCUGGUUCAGGCUCUGGUGAAGGCCAAGGCCAAGGACAAGGACAAGGACAAGGGUCUGGUUCUGGAUAUGGUGAGGGCUACGGGGAGGGGCGUGGCGACGGUAGCGGUUCAGGAAAUGGAUCUGGUUAUGGUGAAGGUCGUGGUUAUGGAUCGGGUUAUGGUAGUGGGCAUGGAAAGUGAGGCAAUAUGAUUAUGUGAUAUAGUAUAUAUAGAAAUUGGUAAGGUCACCAUUUGGUAUAUAAAAUAAUAAGGU